AUGGCAGGGACAUAUCCGAAAAUCACAUGGCACCCCAUACCCCACUCAGACGCAACAUGUAAAGUCCACCUUAUCCAAGCCGGCGGCCUCUACAUUCCCUACGACCUAGUCCUGCUUCCGGACUCGGACAAGCCCAAUGACCCCUCGGGAUCCGAAGUAUCAAAAGAGGAGCGAAAAACAUAUUAUGCUCCGGAUUAUGUCUUCCUGAUUGAGCAUAUAGCAUCUGGAACAAAGUACAUGUUCGACCUCGGCAUACGGCCAGACCUUGAAAAUCAACCCCCACUCAUUAAGGAAACUGUACUUCCAGUCUUCAAAUGCGAGCCCAAGUCUCCCGAGGAUAUUCUCAGAGAACAUGGUUCAUCUGAGCAGCAACCAGAAAAAGUCAAGGCUGUUAUCUUCUCGCAUAUGCAUUUCGAUCACAUUGGUGACGGUGCAAAAGGCGGGUUCGAAGGCGCAGAGUUGUGGGUUGGACCUACGUGUUGUACAUAUGCACGUCCGGGUUAUCCCGCUCAGGAGAGGGCACCGACGCUAAGUGAUACGCUGCCUGUGGAUGGGAGCAGAAAGGUUGUAGAGUGCUAUAUACCUGAUGACCUACUCCGAGAUACCGGAGACAAGAGAGCAGGCCAGGUUGUGCAAGGAAUGAAAGAAGGAAAGUAUGCUGCUGUUGAUUUAAAGAAACCAGAGUGGAUACGUCUGGGUGCUUUUGAGCGAGCGUACGAUGUUUUUGGCGAUGGAGCAGCGUACAUUGUCGAUGCACCGGGACAUUCACCAGGGCACCAGAUGAUGCUAGUGAGAACAACUUCUGGCUCUGGGGACGAGGAAAGUUCGUUUGUACUCAUGGGCGGCGACUGCUUCCACCACGUCAACGUCCUCCAAGAUCCAAACCGCACUGCUCGCCCGCCUUAUUCAAAAGGCUGCAUGCACGUGGAUCCCGAGCAAGCAGUCAACACCAUGCUCCGCACAAGGGAAUUCUCACGAAAAGACAACGUCUGGGUGAUAGGAGCCCACGACAAAACCGUCGGCCAAGGAAUCCAGCCCGGAGUCAAAGAACUCACCGGCCUCAUAGACAUCACCAGUUGGAAAGCAUCAGGCUGGAAAACCCCACUCUAG